GGCACGUUUGUUAACAAUAUUUCGACCUCCUGUUAUUAUUAAACAUCAUUUCAAAUAUAUAAAAACAAUACCAAAAUGGUUCCGCAUGUCAUUUAAUUUUUGUUUUCAUGCAAGAAAAAUGAUCUUCCGGACAUUUUUGAUUGUGGUUGUGGCCGUAAUAUAUAGCGAAGCUCAGAAUAGCUGUGAGCUGAUAGAAUGGACAGGCGGUCAAUUUGAUUGGCCGAACGAUGCCACGAAAUCCAUUUACAGAUCAUCGGGACGUUACAUCCCCAAAAACAUCAUAGGAACCAGAGCCCAGGUGUGGAAAGACGAAAUUUUCGUAGCCCUACCAAGAUACAAGCCGGGAACUCCGGUCACUUUGGGUAAAAUCGGAUUGAAGCAAAAAGGGUGCGAAGCUGUGAUCGAACCUUAUCCUUGCUGGGCGUCCCAAGAAGAAUCUGACAUCAACGCUUUGCAGUCCGUCGUCGAUCUUUACUUGGACGAAAACAAUAUUUUAUGGGUUCUUGAUACUGGCGUAGUGAACUCUAUGGAACAACCUAUUCGUAGAUCUCCCCCGAAAGUUGUAGCCAUCAAUAUCACCAAUGGAAAGAAAGUUAAAGUAUUGGAUUUGUGCGGUUUGGUAGCUCAAGCUUCUAGAUUACAGUAUUUGGUGGUUGAGUACGCUCCGGACGGCAGACCUUUCGUAUACGUCAGCGACGCAGCCACAAGAUCCAUCUUAGUUUUCGACGUAGCCGGAAACAAGGGAUACAGAGUUGUUUUACCUAAAUUAGUAACGAAUUGCAGAAGAGAUGUGCUCUACAUAGCAUUGAUACACAAAGCGAAUUGCUGCAACUACUUGGUCAUCACUUAUUUGUCAGGAGCUAGAAUUUUCCAAAUCCGUACCGACUAUUUGAGAGCCGGAUGUGCCGCUGGAAAAAUUCAAGAUCUCGGAGCGAAAGGAGGUAAAAUAGUUGUAUUAGGAACUGAUCUCGGAUCUGCUCUUUUCUUCAGAUUCGAAGGUAAACCGGAAGUCUACAGAUGGGAAGUAGAAUCAUUAUUCAAAGAUUACCAAUUGGUUUAUAAAUCACCAGAAAAUUAUCUGGCUUCUCAUGCUUUCGCCGACGUUGGAAGAAGAAGGAUUCGAGUAUUGGAAAGCAACUUCCCAGAUUAUAUCGAGAAUACCGUUGGUUGUGGUGCUUCACAAAGAGUUGCACUUAUGAUCAGUCCUAUCAACAGUCCCAAUUAAAUUUUUUCAUUGUAAGAUGUUGUACAGUGUUUAGGAUUAGAAAUGAAAUAAAAAUUUUGUUGAUAA